AGCUCCUUUUACCCAAUACUGAAGGGCUACGGAACUACGAUGCAGCUGUCUUGAUUGGCCGGUGUACUUCCGGCCUCCGUUGAAGACCCACUUCCUGCCUCUCUUUUGCUUCGGCCAGAUAGCAAAGAUCGCAAAAUGACUCAGCAGUUUAUUCUCUGAGAAGAAGGAAAUGGUAGAUGUCCAGAAAAAGAUUUUUUCUAACCACCUCAGGCGUUCUGCCACUUUUCUGAAGUGUGAAUUGCCUGCUGUCAGCCUGGAGUUCUCACCUCUGCAAUCCUGGCUGCAGGCAUAUUUGCAUAUUGGAUGCUAUGUUCUUUAACCCCCUGAGGUUUGAAUGGGCUUGGAGUCUGUGUGAAAGCUGGCUCCUUUCAAACCCCUGGACAGUUUCAGUUCUCUGGUCUCCAGAAAAACAGAAAACCCCAACAAUAGCGCCAUUGACUUUUAUGUAAAUGGUACUCUUCUGGAAGACACUGGGCUAUUUCCCAGGGCCCCAGAACAUACUCAAACAUUUGUUUGAGUGGGAGGUGGGGGAGAAAGUUCUGUUGAGUCAAUGAACAUCUGUUGAGAUCUGCUAUGCUGAGUCCCAGUGAAACAGAGCUCAGUCUGGCUCUUCCUUGCCAGAGGAAGAUUUGCCAACAUAGAAUUACCAUACUAGUUCUUAGAUAGACCAUGGCCCUGAGAGCAUGUGGCUUGAUCAUCUUCCGAAGACGCCUUAUUCCCAAGGUGGACAACGAUUCAAUUGAAUUUCUACUGCUGCAGGCAUCAAAUGGCAUUCAUCACUGGACUCCUCCCAAAGGCCAUGUGGACCCAGGAGAGAAUGACUUGGAGACAGCCCUAAGAGAGACUCGGGAGGAAGCAGGAAUAGAAGCUCACCAGCUGACCAUCAUUGAGGGGUUCAGAAAGGAGCUCAAUUAUGUUGCAUGGCAGAAGCCUAAAACAGUCAUUUACUGGCUGGCAGAAGUGAAGGACUACGAUGUGGAGAUCCGCCUCUCCAAUGAACACCAAGCCUACCGCUGGCUGGGGCUGGAUGAGGCCUGCCAGUUGGCUGAGUUCAAGGAGAUGAAGGCAGCACUCCAAGAAGGACACCAUUUUCUUUGCUCCACAGCGGCCUAAGCUGACCAGAGCAGUCAUUUGCUUCCAAAGGAUUCUUGAGGGCUGUUGGAAAUUAACCCUGCCCUUUGGUCCAAGGAAAGAUAUGCGGGUCUUUGGCUUGUUACAGACAAGAGCAGAAAGUUUACUGAAGUCAGUUUAGGAUUGUCAAAUGAGAACAAGUAAGAAAAUUAGCUGAGUGAAAAGACAAAGUAUUAAAAAAAAAAAAACCACAACA